GUGUGCUUUGCGAGACUAACCAACACUGGCCAGCCGAUAAAAUCAACGAAAUUGUUAAAACUUUUUUAUUGUGCGUACGUUUGCAUUCCAUUCCAGCUGAUGUGUAACUGAAAUUGAACCGAUCGCUUGGACUUUCCGCCGGUGCACGCAAAUCCACACCCACUCCACUCUGCCCACAGCACGCCGCCCAUCAGAAUUGUGCCAGAAUGAUGAUGGUUGGAGCGAGAAUCGGAAUCGGAAAGCUUGGGCCCUGUGCGGCCCUAGUUGCGAUUAUACAGCUCCUCCAGCACAUACAGCCGGCAGAAUCCGCCGGGGCAGUGCCCAUGACCAGUGAUAAUAUCGAUAUGACCCUAGCGUCUAAUGAAUUGGUUUUCCUUAAUUUUUAUGCGGAGUGGUGUCGGUUUAGUAAUAUUUUAGCACCUAUAUUCGCUGAAGCUGCAGAUAAGAUUAAAGAAGAGUUCCCAGAGGCUGGUAAGGUGGUGCUAGGAAAGGUGGAUUGCGACAAGGAGACGGCCAUCGCAUCCCGCUUCCACAUAAACAAGUAUCCGACUUUGAAAAUAGUCCGUAAUGGACAGCUCAGCAAACGGGAGUACCGAGGCCAGCGUUCGGCAGAUGCCUUCCUCGAGUUCGUCAAGAAGCAGCUGGAGGAUCCCAUCCAGGAGUUCAAGUCCCUGAAGGAUCUGGAGAAUCUGGACUCCAAGAAGCGCCUCAUCCUGGGCUAUUUCGAUCGUAGGGACCAGCCCGAAUACGAUAUUUUCCGCAAGGUGGCCACGAAUUUAAAGGAGGACUGCCAGUUCCACGUGGGCUUCGGUGAUGCCGCCCAGGCCAUGCAUCCUCCUGGCACACCCAUCAUAGUAUUUAGACCCGAUGUGGCCCUGUCUCACGAAAACGAUGAGACCUACACUGGCACACUGCAAAAUUUCGAUGAACUUAAAAUUUGGAUCCAGGAGAAGUGUGUGCCACUGGUACGAGAAAUUACCUUUGAGAAUGCUGAGGAACUUACUGAGGAGGGACUGCCGUUCCUUAUCCUCUUCCAUCGCCCAGACGAUCUUAACUCGAUCAAGGAUUACAAGUCGAUCAUUGAGCGUCAAUUGCUGGAUGAGAAACAGAACGUCAACUUUUUGACCGCUGAUGGCAAGCGAUUUGCGCAUCCUCUGCACCAUCUGGGGAAAUCCGAAGAUGACUUGCCACUGAUUGCCAUCGACUCGUUCAAGCACAUGUAUCUGUUCCCCCACUUCAGCGACAUGUACUCCCCAGGAAAGCUAAAGCAGUUCCUUCAGGAUCUCUACAGCGGCAAGCUGCACAGGGAGUUUCAUUACGGGCCGGAUCCCUCAAAUGAUAUAGAACCUGACCCACAGACCGGCAAAGGUACGUCCCCUCCAGAGUCAAAAUUCAAGGAACUUGGCCCCUCCAAGCAUCGCUACACCCUGCUAGAAAAAGAUGAACUGUAAUAUAAUUAUGUACAUUUAAAAUAAAAGAAAACAAUA